AACUUUGUUUUGCAGGUCAGCGACAUGAAUGGCAGACUGGCAUAGCAACGGAGGAGUCCAGAGGAUUUUUUUUUGUUUGUUUUGUUUUUGGCAAAGGUGGAUGUAUCUCUCUAAAAAUGGAUGCUAUUCUACACGUCACCACUUGGACCCGUGAAAGAGGGUCGUUGUAACCAAAAUAGAACUGGCACCAAAGAUUCAUUGGGAUUUCAACGCCUCGUUUUCCCUGGCACACUUGGCUUCACUUCUCACAGGCUGGCGAGGACUUGGAUUCCACGCUGGGCGGCCCGAGGAAACGCGUCGAGGGGCUUUUUUUGUUUUUAAUUUUUUUUUUAAUUGAGCAUGUCCCAACUCGGCUGAGCCCUCGACAUGGGUUCCGAUCGGGUCCAAUAUCGGGCGCUUUUUGAUUACCACAAGGAGCGCGCGGUGGACAUCUCGCUGCAGCCCGGAGACCUGCUUACCGUUAGCAAAAACGACUGCCCAGAAGGAGACGAGAGGAGCCCACGGGGAUGGCUGCACGGGGUCAACGAGAGGACCAAGGAGAAAGGCGACUUCCCUGGCACCUACGUGGAAUAUGUCGGACCGGUCCGGAUGUUGCCGCCCACCCCUAAACUACGACCCAGACCGGUACCGCCGACUCCGGGGGCAGCUGGUCAACCUGCCGCAGCUUUGGCCCAGGCGGACAUCCCAGAGACAUCAGCUCUUCCAGAUCAGGCACCAGCAGUGUUGAUGAAGAUUAUUGAAGCACUGGAGAAGAAAGGAGCAGAAAGCCUUUACUUGUGUGCAGGCCACCAGAGCGCCCCCUGCAUACCGGAGUUCAAAGAGGCACUGGAUUUAGAGUCCAACUCUGUGGACUGGGAGCAGUUUGACGGGCCAGUGCUGGUGAGCACACUCAAGUGGUACCUUAACAAGCUGCCUUCUCCGGUGAUCCCAGCCGUCAUUUAUAGCGACCUGAUCACCGCUGCCCAAGACAUACAAAAUCUUGAGGAGUGUGGGCACCAACUCAGGAAGAUUCUGGAAUCACCCAGCUUGUCCCAGCAGAACUGGCUCGUCCUUCACCGUCUGACCCAGCACUUGUGCAAAGUGUGGAAGGGAGGAGGCAAAAGUCUGCCGAUGGCCCGGCAACUUGGAGAGGCCUUGAGUGGGGUCCUCUUCAAGCCCCCAGUGCCCAGUGCUGAUGGGAACCUGGAUCUUCAGAGCAAAGUGAUCGAGGCGCUCAUAAUGGUGGGAGGCAUUCAGGAAAUGCAGUCAGCACCAGCCAUCCCUCCCAAGCCACCAAAACCAAUGGCCCCAGUGAACACCAAUGGAAUAAAGGACACUACCAGCGUAUCCCUGCAGGAUGCCGAGUGGUACUGGGGAGACAUCUCAAGGGAAGAAGUGAAUGACAAGCUGAGGGACAUGCCAGAUGGAACGUUCCUGGUCCGGGAUGCUUCCACCAAGAUGCAGGGUGACUAUACACUCACCCUAAGGAAGGGGGGCAACAACAAAUUGAUCAAGAUUUACCAUCGAGAUGGCAAGUAUGGUUUCUCUGACCCGCUGACCUUCAGCUCCGUGGUCGAGCUGAUCAAUCAUUACCGGCAUGAGAGUCUUGCCCAGUACAAUCCAAAAUUGGAUGUCAAGUUGAUGUACCCCAUUUCCAGGUACCAGCAGGACCAGCUGGUCAAAGAAGAUAACAUAGAUGCUGUGGGGAAGAAGCUCCAAGAGUAUCAUUACCAGUACCAGGAAAAGAGCAAAGAGUACGACCGACUCUAUGAAGAGUACACAAGGACUUCACAGGAGAUCCAAAUGAAGAGAACAGCAAUUGAGGCUUUCAAUGAGACGAUUAAGAUCUUCGAAGAGCAGUGCCACACACAGGAGCGCUGCAGCAAGGAGUAUGUGGAGCGCUUCAGACGAGAGGGCAAUGAAAAGGAAAUUGAGAGGAUCAUGAUGAAUUAUGAAAAACUGAAGUCACGCCUGGGUGAGAUCCAUGAUAGUAAAAUGCGUUUGGAACAAGACCUGAAGAAUCAGGCCAUGGACAACCGUGAGACUGAUAAGAAGAUGAACAGUCUUAAACCUGAUUUGAUACAGCUGCGCAAGAUUAGAGAUCAGUACCUUGUCUGGCUUAACCACAAAGGUGUGCGGCAGAAACGAAUCAAUGAAUGGUUGGGAAUCAAGAAUGAAAACAUUGAUGAUACUUAUUUUGUGAACGAAGAAGAUGAGAAUCUUCCGCACUGUGAUGAAAAAAGCUGGUUUGUGGGCGAUGUCAACCGGACUCAAGCAGAAGAGCUACUCCGUGGGAAACCAGAUGGCGCCUUCUUGAUCCGGGAGAGCAGCAAGAAGGGCUGCUAUGCCUGCUCUGUUGUCGUUGACGGCGAGGUGAAGCACUGUGUGAUCUACCACACGGCCCGUGGCUAUGGCUUUGCCGAACCCUACAAUCUGUACGGCUCACUCAAGGACCUGGUGCUGCACUACCAACAGACCUCCCUGGUCCAGCACAAUGACUCUCUGAAUGUGCGACUGGCCUACCCCGUCUACGCACAGAUGCCCUCCUUACGUAGAUGAAGGAGUUCCCCUCCAAAUGCCCUCUGCCCCAUGUUUCAAUUUUUUUUUUUCUUUCUCUCUUUGAGGACAAUUUCAAGGGCAUUCUUUCUGAAGACUGCUAGAUUUGCACAAGGAAGUUUUAACGUUUGUGAAUGUGAAAGAGAA